CCCGUGUGCGAGGGAGCGGGACGGGCCGGGCGCCAUAGCGGAGGCACCCGCGUCCCGCCCUCAACUCGCUCCCCCGGCCGUCUCUGGCACCAUGUCGGGCUUCAGCCCGGAGCUGAUCGAUUAUCUGGAGGGGAAGAUCUCCUUCGAGGAGUUCGAGCGGCGGCGGGAGGAGCGCAAGAGCCGAGAGAAGGAGGGCGAAAAUGCGUCUGCUGAGGAAAACAGUGAAGAUGUUGAUGCUCCAUCUUCAUCCAGAAAAGCAUCUGGGAAAUCCCACAGUCAGGAUGAAACAGAGGGAGAAACUGCAGAUGGCGUCAGUAAAUCUGUUCAUCGAGUCUUUGCAUCCAUGAUUGGGGAAAAUGAAGAGGAGGAUGAUGAUGAAGAGGAAGAGGAAGAAGAAGAGGAAGAAGAAACUCCUGAGCAGCCCACAGCUGGAGAUGUUUUUGUGUUGGAGAUGGUCCUAAAUCGAGAGACCAAGAAAAUGAUGAAAGAGAGAAGACCUCGCAGUAAACUUCCUCGUGCCUUGAGAGGUCUGAUGGGAGAGGCCAAUAUCAGGUUUGCACGAGGAGAACGUGAGGAGGCUAUUCUGAUGUGCAUGGAAAUCAUUCGACAAGCUCCUCUUGCUCAUGAGCCCUUUUCCACUCUUGCCAUGAUCUAUGAAGACCAGGGUGAUAUGGAGAAGUCAUUGCAGUUCGAACUGAUUGCAGCUCACUUAAAUCCUAGUGACACUGAGGAAUGGGUUAGACUGGCAGAAAUGUCACUAGAACAGGAUAAUAUUAAACAGGCUGUUUUUUGCUACACAAAAGCUCUGAAGUAUGACCCAACCAACGUGCGCUAUCUAUGGGAGAGAUCAAGCCUGUAUGAACAGCUGGGGGAACAUAAGAAUGCUAUGGAUGGCUACAGGCGUGUUUUGAAUCUCCUGUCUCCCUCUGAUGGAGAGCGUUUUAUGCAGUUGGCUAGAGACAUGGCAAAGAGUUAUUAUGAAGCCAAUGAUGUCACCUCUGCUAUCGAGAUAAUAGAAGAAGCCUUUACUAAACACCAGAGUCUUGUCUCCAUGGAAGAUGUUAAUAUAGCAGCUGAAUUAUAUAUUUCCUCCAAACAGUAUGACAAAGCACUGGCGGUUAUUACUGAUUUUGCAGGAAUUGUACUUGAAAAAAAAGUGUCAGAAAAGUGUUCUACCGAGGAGAAAAAAGAAGAUACAGCAUCAGUGGUAGAAACUCAAGAAAGCCAGGAGGCGGCAGUGACUGACAGCCAAAGUCAUCCAGCUGCUGAAUCGAGCACUGCAGCUGUGGAGAAGGUUAGCUGCUGCAUACCUGAGGGGGUUCCCAUCGAUAUCACAGUCAAGCUGAUGGUGUGUUUGGUGCACCUGAACAUCCUAGAGCCACUCAAUCCUCUCUUGACCACUCUGGUAGAACAAAAUCCAGAAGAAAUGGGUGACUUGUAUUUGGACGUUGCAGAGGCAUUUCUGGAUGUUGGUGAAUACAACUCAGCACUGCCUCUCCUGAGUGCCCUUGUCUGUUCUGAACGAUACAACUUGGCUGUUGUCUGGCUUCGGCAUGCAGAAUGCUUGAAGGCUUUGGGACACAUGGAGCGUGCUGCGGAGAGCUAUGCCAAAGUUGUUGAUCUUGCGCCGUUGCAUCUGGAUGCAAGAAUCUCACUUUCAACACUUCAGCAGCAACUGGGUCGGCCUGAAAAAGCUCUGGAGGCUCUGGAACCCAUGUAUGAUCCAGAUACACUGGCUCAGGAUGCUAAUGCUGCUCAGCAGGAAUUAAAACUACUCCUCCAUCGUUCAACGUUGUUGUAUUCCCAAGGCAAAAUGUACGGUUACAUAGACACUUUACUUACGAUGCUGGCGAUGCUGUUGAAGGUAGCAAUGAGCAGAGCUCAGGUGUGUUUGAUAUCUAGUUCCAAAUCUGGAGAGAGACACCUCUAUCUUAUUAAGGUGUCAAGGGAUAAAAUUUCUGAUAAUGACGACCAAGAGGCAGCAAAUUGCGAUGCAAAAGCAAUUUUUGCUGUUCUCACGAGUGUUCUGACAAAGGAUGACUGGUGGAACCUCCUCCUGAAGGCUAUAUAUUCCUUGUGUGACCUCUCCCGGUACAAGGAGGCAGAGCUCCUAGUAGAUUCUUCUUUGGAAUAUUAUUCAUUUUAUGAUGAUAGACAAAAGCGCAAGGAGCUGGAAUACUUUGGGCUCUCUGCUGCAAUUCUGGACAAGAACUUCAGAAAAGCAUACAACUAUAUCAGAAUAAUGGUAAUGGAAAAUGUCAAUAAACCUCAGCUCUGGAACAUCUUCAAUCAAGUUACUAUGCAAUCUCAGGACGUCCGUCACCAUCGCUUUUGUCUCCGCUUAAUGCUGAAAAAUCCUGAUAAUCAUGCAUUGUGUGUCCUAAACGGGCAUAAUGCAUUCGUCUCUGGCAGUUUCAAGCAUGCUCUUGGACAGUAUGUGCAAGCCUUUCGUGCAAAGCCCGAUGAGCCUUUGUACAGUCUUUGCAUCGGAUUAACUUUCAUCCAUAUGGCUUCUCAGAAAUACGUGUUGAAAAGGCAUGCUCUUCUAGUUCAGGGGUUUUCCUUCCUUUUCCGGUAUUUGGACCUACGUGGACCAUGCCAAGAAUCUUUCUACAACCUUGGCCGUAGUCUUCACCAGCUGGGAUUACUGCACCUGGCAAUCCACUAUUACCAAAAAGUACUUGAACUUCCUCCUCCCACCCUGGAGGGAAUAGAAACUGAUCAGACAGACUUGAGAAGAGAUACUGCCUUUAACUUGUCACUUAUUUAUCAGAGCAGUGGAAAUAUCAGAAUGGCUCAGAAGAUGUUGUAUACUUACGCAGUCGUAUGAUGAAGUUUGUGGCAGGUAGAAAUGAUUGUAUUAAUUCUUGCAUUAUGCAGUGCUGGGGAAACUGGUUUUAUAUACAGCUUUUGCUGUAGAUGGGCAAAGAUGUGGCUUGUGCUGUAUGUAAGUUUGAGACUUCUUCUACUGCUGACUUUUGAACUGUAUCAUGUAUAGAUGGGAACAGUCUGUUCCAGGUAAAAUGCUGACAUACUCGAGUGUGUCUUCUCUGAUGAACUACUCUGUAAUCUGAUAUUCAGCCUCGUGUACAGAAUCAAACAGAGAGAACUGAAGCCUAGUGUUACCUUUAGGAAAAAGAAUGUGCAGUAUUACAGCUAGUUACAAGUGAGGUUGUACUCUAAUACAAAAGAAGGAAAUGGGCUCAUACAAAUCCCUAGAGAACUCAGUAUUUCAAGCUCUUUUAAAUGUUUGGUAUUUUCUAGGAGUUCAUAUUCCUAGCAGCUGUUCUAUUUCAAGGAGGUCGAUUUCUGUUUCAUUAAAAUCCAUGUGACGGUUGUCCUUCUUCUGAACCUGUUAAUAAAAAUUCUGAAGUUAAUGAUGUUUGUUUACUCACUCUCAGAAAAAAAAAAAAAAAAGUAUGCUACUGAAUAGCUUAUAGCAAAAA